AUGAACCCAUCUGCUCAUUUCACUCAUCGUGCACCGAUUCCAUUGACUCAAAAUUGGUUUUCGGACUCAGGUGCCACCCAUCAUAUUGCACCAGAUCUCUCCGGCUCACACAUGUUAAGGAAUAUAAAGGAUCGAAUCAACUUCAUGUUGGUAAUGGACAAGAUGAUAUUGUACUCACAGUCUCAAUAUAUCCAUGGUAUACUCAUUAAAGCUGGGAUGCUUCAGUGUAAACCUCUCAGUACUUCCAUGGCCACCAAUGUCAAGUUCCAUAAGAAUGGCAGUCCAAUUUUCGAUGACCCAAGUCUUUACAGGCAGGUGGUUGGUGAUCUUCAGUAUAUCACUCUCACGAGACCAGAUAUAUCAUUUGUGGUGAACAAAGCAUUCACUGACUUUGAUUGGGCUGACAACAUAGAUAAUCAUAAAUCUACUGGUGGCUAUGCAAUCUACUUUGGUCCAGAUCUGAUCUCAUGGUCCUCCCGUAAACAACGAAUGGUGGCACGAUCAUCUACAGAGUCUGAGUACAAAGCUUUAACAGAUGCUGCUGCAAAAUUAACAUGGUCUCAGUCACUAAUGUUCGAUCUUGGUCUUCAACUAUCCCGUGCUCCUAUCCUUUGA